AUGACGUACUACCGUUAUUUGAAAAGAACGUUCUGAUCAACGACUGACAUGAAAGCAAAAGAUCUAUAAGUUCCUAGCAUCUUGCUUCGCUGUAUCGUAGGGACGACUGUAUACCAACUUCUGGCUCAGCUGUGAAACUCUCCUCCGAACUUUCAGCAGACUGUCCGUGUAGCUUGGACAAAAGCACGUGGAGCGUUUGCAGAAGUGGUCAAUCGUGAAAUUGCCGCCCUUGCCUGAACGGAAGCCGCCUUGAUUAUCAGGUUUUUGUUAAAGAACCAGGGAUUGAGUGUCAGGAGAUGAAGGAUCUGAGGACAUGUGCAGUUUCAGUCAGAUAGUACUUUAACAAUUAAAGAAGAAAAAUUGACUGUAAUCUUGGAAGAGGAAGCUAUGUCUGCCAUAAUCAAUCAAGUUCAGGUCUCAUGUAUACACAGCAUAAAGACUGAACCAAGGUCUGUAGCUGAUCUACAAGAAGAGCUAAAUGAUAAUGUAAUGCUUGAGGCAGAAAGCACAUUUUGUUCUUAUACAAAUAUGACAAAUUGCUCACAAAUUAGCAGUCUACAGCUUAAAAACGAUUCUGGUCCAGUUUACAUAAAACCUGAGCUUGCUAAGCAAAUUCCUCAAUCAAACUGGAAACAUGAGGAUGCUGUAAAACUGGAGCUUAACUCUCAGGGUGCUAUUUAUUGUAUUAAAACUGAGCAAGUUCCUGGUGAAGAACUUCAUGACAUAAAACCUGAGUAUGAUGCACACAUUGAGCAGUCAGAUUGCAGUCACGAGAGUGCUGUGAAAGUGGAGUACCGCUGUCAAGAUGUCACCUCUUUAAUCAAGACUGAGCAGGAUCCUGUGCAAUCUGCAAAGACAGAAGAGCGGCUUGUAUUUAAGAAAGAAGAAGAAGAUCAUAUUCACGUAGUGAAGACUGAGACAGGAUGGCCUGGUCAGCAUGCAAUGUGGCAGCAUGACAAUGAUGAGAAUUUUCAAGAAAUGAAUGCUGCUACGCUUGCAAUUCCUGAGGUGACAUAUAUUUUGAAAGAAAAUCAACAACAUCAGAGACAAAAAACUGUUACUGAAGUCACCAUUGACUCAGCAACAGAAAGUAGAAGUGAUGCCAAACCUUAUCAGUGCCAAGUGUGUUUAUGUUCUUUCAGUUUUUCAACCCUACUUAAGAAACACAUGAUGAUCCACUCUAAUUUAAAAGCUUACAAUUGUACUCCAUGUAGUGUUGUCUUAGAAAGAAUAGAUACUUUAAAACAGCAGAAGAAAACUAACAGUAAUAAGAGAUCGCACCAUAGUGAUGGUAGACCUCACCAGUGUAAUAUAUGUCAUGUAGGUUUCAAAAGAUUAGGUUAUUUAAAAAUGCACAUGGCGACCCACAGAGAUGAGAGACCUUACCAGUGUACUGUCUGUCAUGUUGCCUUCAAAAGAUUAGGUAAUCUAAAAAAGCACAUGGUGACUCACAGUGAUGUGAAACCUUACCAAUGCAGUUUGUGUAAAGCUUCAUUUAAGUUCUCAACUUGUUUAAAAAGGCACAUAGUGACUCACGGUGAUGUGAAACCUUACCAAUGCAGUUUGUGUAAAGCUUCAUUUAAGUUCUCAAAUCAUUUAAAACAGCACAUGGUGAGUGUGUCUUCUCACCUGGAUAAGAGCACAAGACCAGAAGGUGGGCUGCCCAAUGUGCCGCCAUCCAGUUUUCGAGUUGUUGAUAUAUUUCGAGUUGUUGACAUAGCAGAUGAUUUUGUCGUGUUACUAGUCGAUUCUCUCCCCACGAACCAGGUCGUGAGGGUGACCGCGCUCGGCAAAAUUGACGUCACGCCGGACACGUGCUCAGGGUGUGAAGAGCUCCUUUGUAGGUCGCGCGGCUCUUCGCAUCCGGAAUGUCCAGGACAAGAUGUGCAGAAUACUGAGGCAGACGCUCGAGCGGCCGUGAAGGAUCUGUCCGAUAAGGAGCAGGCGAUGAUGGAAACGAGUGAUAAUUUGCAGAAGUACCUCAAGGACAUGGAGGAUGAGUUCCGUGGUCUGCUGGACAUGAACAAGAUUGAAGGCGUGGUGCAAGUCUUAACCUUUCUGUUUGUCAGUGGGUUCAAGCCUCAGCAUCAUCAUCAUCAUGGUGCACCACCAUCAUCAUCAUCAUCAUCAUCAUCAUCAUCAUCAUCAUCAUCAUCAUCAUCAUCAUCAUCAUCAUCAUCAUCAUCUAGGUCUCGAGUUAUUGCAUAUAUUAGUGUUUGGUCUGGAGUUAGAAUUAAGUGUUAUUUGAGUGUUGGACUUAGUGUUUAGGUGUUAAGGUUUGAGUUUGAAGCUGAUCACAUCAUCCUCGUUGAAAGAUGACCUAAUGGACAAUAUAUCCGACGUUGAUUUCGGUGGGGAUAGUUAAGUCGCUCCGAGGCCUUAUUUGAAAUAACAAACUUUUUUCGAUAUCUUCCUGGUUUAACUGACUGCUUAAACUGUUAAUUUCAGACACGGAAGCAGAAACUGAUGUAAUUUAUUUUAACGGAGAAGAGAAUUUUAUAAUUGUCAGAAGUUUCGAGCGUGUGAGUAGACAUUAAUACGGAAGCUGCAAUGCAUCAUCUAAAACUUUAAUUACAUAAUUAUGAUCUUAUCGUUUAACAUUUUCUGUUCCGUGGAUACCUUUACUUACACAUUCUUUCCUGACUGUACAUGUACAGGCAUUCACAAACUUUCUGCCAAAAGUUUACCAAUCACGGCCAUCUUUUGAGCAUCAAACUUUGUAGAAGUCAGUAAUAAUGUAUUAUCAUGUAUUACCAAACUAGCAGUUUUUUCUCAUAAUGUUAGCGCUUUUUGAGUGGUUAAAAAUCUUGUUGAUAUAUAAAGCAACAUGGCUUUGUUCGUUCUUAUGUGGCACCUGAAGGUUGACCUCUUUAAGCGUACUUCGGAAUGAUGUUCAAAUUCUUAUCAAAGACACAUUGGUUUGCAUAAACUGAUAUGGCAAACAUUGUGUAAUGUCAAUAUGUUUAUUUAUGCCGCACGCAAUAAAUCGUUUAGCUUCUGUAUUCCUUUCAGCAACGCAACACUACAUUUUGUAUACAGUUAAACAGUUACUUGUAUACAGUUAAACGUCUCAGGGAAUCAGAAGUAAGCGUUUUCAAUGUCUCUGCGGUAAUUUCGUUUUACAAACUUGACUAAGUGCAGAGUGAUAGA